CCAGAACCCAGUUUUGUGAGAGGGGAAUCGCCCGCAGCAAACCACGCGGGAUUUAUGCUGUGGCAUCGUGCCGACGUCACGGUGCGGGCGAGGAUGUCACCAACCCCUCACGUCGGCCGAUCUUAACGGUCCGUUAUCAAAUCAUAUUAUACCAUGAAUCGCACCCGGCAGGCGAUGCUGCUUCUUUCUGCUUCUGGCAAGUCCUGCGCCUUCUUAAUAUCCCUUCGCCGCCACCCUUGACGUUUUAAUGGCUCGUCUUGGCGACAUGACCAUUAGCACGGCAUUACUCCCAAACACAUGGCAGCUAUGGGGUCCCGCCGACAACGGUGCACGGCGCUCGCAGCGCUGGGCAUCGCCAGGGCAGUGGCUGUGGUGUCGCCUGGGCCUCUGACGCAGUUCGUCGACGUUUUCGUGGGCACGGCGCAGAACAGCGACCCGGGCAACGUCUUCGCCGGGGCGUCGGUGCCGUUCGGCAUGGCCAAGGUAACCAUCAACGUGGCCGGCUACGCGCCGGCCGGGUACGUGUCCGAGUCCACCGAGAUGGUCAAGGGGCUGUCGCCGCUGCACGACUCGGGCACGGGCAGCGCCGACGGCAGCUACGGCCAGUACAGCAUCAUGCCCGUCGUGUGCGGCGACUUCGCCUCGUGCCCGACCAUCGAGACGGCCCGCGGCUUGCGGCGCGACGGCGACGGCGCCAAGGACCGCGGCUUCCCGGGCUACUUCAGCACCCCGCUGGCCAACGGCGUGCUGGUCGAGGCCGCGUCCACCCGGGCCGCGUCGCUGGAGCGCUACACGUUCCCGGCGGGCGUGCCCCCGACCCUGGUGCUGGACUGGACCACGGACGGCACGCACUCGUUCAACUACGGCGACAUGCAGGCCGACUGGGCCGCCCAGCGCAUCCUCAUGAACGGCACGUGGUUCAGCAGCUUCGGGCCCAGCAUCUUCCGCUACUCGGCCUUCCAGUGUGUCGACCUGUCCGUCUCGGGCAAGGUCACCGACUACGACUUUUGGGGCGCCAACGCCGAGGGCUGGGACGCGCGCCGCAACGACACGGACGCCUGGCGCUUCUCGCCCUGGUCCGAGCGGCGUCGCAACCCGGCGCUCACGCAGCCGACGCACGCGGGCGCCAUCGUGCGCUUCGGGGCCACCAACGGCACCGUGGUCGUGCGCCGGGGUGUCUCGUUCGUGUCGGCGGCCAAGGCCUGCGAGAACCUCGAGGCGGAGAUCCCGGCGGCACCCGACUUUGACAGGCUGGUGGCGGACAGCAACGGCCUCUGGGAGGAGAAGCUCGGGCGCAUCGAGCUGGCCGAGGGCACGCCCGACUACAUGCGGCGGCUCUUCUACACCAACUUCUACCGCACCUUCCUGUCGCCCAACAACGCCACGGGCGACGCGCCGCCGCCCUACACGGACUCGGCGCACCCGUACUUUGACGGCCUGUACUGUAGCUGGGACACGUACCGCACGCUGUUCCCCCUCAUGGCGCUGACGUCGCCGCGCGACAUGGCGCACAUCACCGACUCGUACGUCGACGGCUGGCGGCGCGAGGGCUGGCUGCCCGAGUGCCGCGCCAACAACGUCAAGGGCUGGGUGCAGGGCGGCAACAACGGCGUGCCCGUGGUGGCCGACUUUGUGGUAAAGUACGGCGCGCGCGCGGCCGAGCUCGGCGUCAGCAUGGACGACUACUGGGCCGCGCUCGAGCACGACGUCGACGCCACCCCGGCCAACUGGGACUACGAGGGCCGCAACAACGAGGCCUACAACCGGCUGGGCUACAUCCCCUACGACUUCCUCGAGCGCGACGCCGUCGGCCAGCACACGCGCGAGUUCAGCCGCGGGCUCGAGUACAGCUUCGGCGACUUUGCGGCCGCCAUGGCCGCGCGGGCGCUGGGCAAGAGCCCCAACGUGUGGCGGCCGCUGCUGGACCGCAGCCUCGGCUAUAGCGCCAACUACAACAUGGCGCUCGAGUCGGACGGGUUCCGCGGCUUCGUGGCGCGCCGGCUCGCCAACGGCACGUUCCUGCCGUCGGACCCGACCGACUGCUCGCCGCUCGACAAGAACGCGACGCGCCCCUGCAGCCUGCAAUCGACCAACGUCUACGGCGGGCACGAGAGCUCGUCGUGGGAGUACAGCUUCUACGCGCCGCACGACGGGGCCGGGCUGGUGCGGCUGCUGGGCGGCAACGACACCUUUGCCGCGCGCCUGCGCCGCUUUUUCGGCGCGGGCUACAACGUCGUCGGCAACGAGCCCAGCUUCCAGACGCCGUCGCUGUACCACCACGUCGGGCUGCCGGGCAGCUCGGUGCGCGAGUCGCGCCGCGUCGUGCUCGACAACUUCAACCUCACGCGCGGCGGCUCGCCCGGCAACGACGACAACGCCGCCAUGUCGAGCCUGGUGGUCUGGUACAUGCUGGGCCUCUACCCCGUGCCCGCCUCGGCCGAGAUGCUGGUGCUGUCGCCGUUCCUGCCGGGCUACACGGUCCACAACGAGCUGCUGGGCGACGUGCGCGUCACCGUCACGGGCUUCGACCCGGCCAGCCUCAACAGCACCAUCCCCGCCGGCGCGCGCGCCUUCGUCGACGACCUGAGGCUGGAUGGAAAGUCUGUGGGCCGGUGUCGGGUAGACUUUGACCAGUUCUUCUCGGCCAGGAAUGUUGAGUUCGUCAUGACGGCCGAGGAGAAGAAGGGCUGUGCUGGACAGGAGCCCAGCAGCGUCAGCUCAGGCGGCUUUCGGGUACCUGGAGCACCUUGAGCGAGUGCAGAUGAAAUUAGUCUCUCGAGUUUUUGCUGGGCGUGUUUUUGUCAGCUCGAGAGAAUUUGGCUUAGUUAUCGCCGAAAUCAGCACCAGCUGUGCCGCUGACCGCCGACCCCCUGUGUGCUCUCACAUCCAGAUCAAGGAGGCCAAUUGACCGGUUCUAGACCUGCAGUUCCAAUCUCGGCGAUAUAAAAUUUCGGAUACCCCCAUUUACAUAGGGCUGGCGCCGCGUUGAUUGGUGUCACACGUAGGGCGCAGAACCCCUUCACCCGAUCCGAGUUCUCACGCCACCGACGGCCGGAUUAAAGAUUUCUUGCCCCUUUUGUGCUGUCCUUAGAGCCGAUGAUCCGGCCGCGGCGUAGGGAACGACUUAGAUCCUCCUUCGCCAGGCCAAGUCGUCUCACAGGGCACCGGAUGUGGAGAUCGAGUGCUGACGGGCGUCACCGCACGGAAGGAUCAAUAAAAGAGUUGCACCAGGGCCGUCGGGCCACGUUCCAGGCUGCUGCACAUGCGCGAUUCCCGACGAGAUAUCUGCAAGGAACCAUGCAGGGCGCCAUGUGGGGGUGCUGCGACGACCUCUGAUAAAGGUGGAUAUGUCAGGCCAGGUACUGCAGAAUUACCAAUAAAGAGGCCUGCCGCCAAGCAAGGCACACCUCUGUCGGGGCUUGAUGACAGUCGAACGGCCCGAUCCAAAUUCCAUUGGCUUGGUGAUGUCUAUCACGCGUGGGAGAAGGAUGCGGACUGGAACGAGCCACCUCGUCA